AUGCAGCACCUCUGCUGGCUGGUCCUCGCCGCGUGCAUCACGCCGCUGCACGCGCUCGCGCUGACGGCGGCCGGCGGCCAGCGGCUCGCCCUGCGGCCCAGCAGUCGCUCGCCGGCUCUAGCAAUGGGAGCAGUCCGCCAGGUGACGACCGAGGAGUUUGAGGCGGAGCUGCAGGACUGCGCGACGCCCAUCCUGCUGGACGUGUUUGCGGUGUGGUGCGGCCCGUGCCAGCUGAUGGCGCCGGAGAUGGACAAGGUUGCCGAGCAUUACGGCGACCGCUGUCGCGUCCUCAAGAUUGACGCGGACGACGAGGCCGAGGUGGCAGACACGCUGCAGGUGCGCGGUCUGCCCACGGUGCUGCUCAUCAACGACAUGUCGGUCGUGAUGAGGGCAGAGGGCGCGCUCAUGGCGGACGAGCUCAAGGAGAUCGUGGAC